AUGUCGACUUCGAGGGCCUUGAAGCCCAUUUUCGGGUCUAGCUACCGGCUUCUUCUCGAUCAAUUGGCACCUCAGUCUACAAGGAAGCUCAUCUCGAGCCGCCCAUCCUCGGCAUGUCCAACCUGCCGGCAUAGCUCCGUGCUUUUUUUAAGCCGCCAGCUUCGGUUCUCCUCGUCCUCGUCCUCGUCUUCUUCCUCCAACUCGACUCCGCCAAACCCUCCUAGGAAUAAUGAAAGUGAUAAAAAGCCUCUCGAAAAUGAACCUAUAUUCCCCUUCUCCCCACCCUUCAUCGAACCACCUCCACAACCGGAGCCCAAACCGACACCGACACCCCCGCCACAGCAACCACCGCCACCCCCUCCCCCGGAAAGUCACUCCACGGUGAACCCCGAACUCCCCUCGGCUCAGAAUUCGCGGCGCUCCGCUCUUAACCGCUCUCUCAGCACGUUCAUGGAUCGGGCGCAGACGACGCUCUUCGCUGCGUCCCAGCGGAUUAACGACCUGACGGGAUACUCCGGGAUCGAGACCCUAAAGACCCAAAUCAGCGGUCUCGAAUCGGAGCUUGCGGCGGCACAGGCCCGGCUGCACGCUGCGCGUAGUGCCUACAAGUCAUCGGUAUCCUCGCGGUCCGCGACGCAGCGAGAAGUCACGACGCUACUGGCGCGACAGAAGAUGUGGUCGCCGACGGACUUUGAGCGUUUUACGGCGUUGUACCGACAGGACUACGAGCUGGACGCGGCGGUGGCGGCACGGGCAGCCGAGCUCGAGGAAGCGGAACGCGAAGCCGAGCGUCUAGGCCGUGAGCUGAGCGCUGGUAUUCUGAGCCGCUACCACGAGGAGCAAAUAUGGAGUGACAAGAUCCGCCGCAUGAGCACCUGGGGUACUUGGGGCCUUAUGGGUGUCAACGUCCUCAUGUUCCUCGUUUUCCAAUUCGGCGCCGAACCCUGGCGACGCAGGAGGCUCGUCAAGGGCUUCGAGGAGAAGGUUCGCGAGGCUUUAGAAGAGGAGCGCCGACUCGAGAGGGCAUUUAGAGGGGCCGAGAAGGAGAGGAGGAAGAUAGAAAAGGAAGCUGCCGCCGCUGCCGUUGAGACCGCGAUUGCGGCCGAGGUAGUCGACGCUGAACCAGUUACGGCGGAGUUAAAACCGGAAGAACCAGCCGAUGGUAUCAUAAUAGGUCCGCCGAUCACAUCGUGGCGAGAGUCACUCUCGAACCUGGAGUGGUGGAAAGCUGCGUACGCCGACUUAUCAAGUGAUAAGAAAGUCGCCCUCAAGAUGCGAGAUGUUUCUAUAAUAGCGCUCGAGGGCGCCGCCGCCGGUGCCGCAACUAUCGGUACCAUAGCUGCUAUUAUAUUUAUCCGAAGAUCCUAG